AGUCCGGGCAGAAAUCGAAACUGAGAAUGAAGGACAUUUAGACAUUUCCAGGGCUGGCUGCUAUUCUGCCAGAGCCGGGCUGGAGAAACAGCUGCCUCCCAGUGUCUAGCUAUUCCGGAAAGGAAUGAAUGUUGAGGGAAGAAAUGAAACUGAAAAAGUAAAGGGAAACUCACUUUUCAUGGUCCAUUAAUGCUGAAGGGUGGUGAAAAGGAAGCGGGAAUAAUUAAAACACUGGACAAUCCCCAAAACUCGCUUUUUUCCCAGAUUUCAAUUCCAUUUUAAGUACACUGAGAAGAAUGGCUAGCAAUCUUCCAUCAGGUCUCCACUCUGCAAAACUCAACGAGUAUUGCCAGAAGAAUAGCUUGGCGUUUUACUAUAAAGAAGUCUCAGUGAAUGGACCCCCUCAUAACAUGGAGUUUACCAUCAAAACUGUAAUAGGAGACAGAGAAUUUCCAGAAGGUAAAGGCAAAUCAAAAAAAGAAGCAAAAAAUGAGGCUGCCAGGCUAGCUCUUGACAAGCUAGAAAACAAGUCUUCAAUGUUUCCUGUAUCACCAAAGUCACCACUGCAACAGUCAGAAGUAUCAGAAACAGAAAGACCAUCCAGUCCAAAGUAUAUAAUUCUUCUUAAUCAGUACACGCAAAAGAAAAAACUAACUGUAGAUUCUGAUACAAAGACCAUAUUUGAACCUUCUGGUAUUACACGCUAUUCUCAUAGAUUUAAAAUUGGAGGGAAAUUCUAUGACGUUGGAUGGGGAUCUAAUAAACAAGAGGCAAAAGAAUCUGCAGCCAAGAUUGCAUAUGAGCAAUUAAUAGCCAACACUUCACAGGAUGUGAACUCUUUUAUGUCACCUCAGCCUUCUCAAUCCACAAGAAUUUCAGAUAUCAAAACAUCACCCACUAUGAAUUACAUUUCUUUUCUGAACCAGUACACACAAAAGAAGAGACUCACUCUGAAUUUCCUUAAAGUGACAUCAUUGGGACAUUCUGGACCUCAAAGUGUUUCUUAUAUCUGCAAAAUUGGGGACACAGCUUAUGAUCCUGGUACAGGAUCUAAUAAAAAAGAAGCUAAAGAAGCAGCAGCUAAGAUUGCAUAUGAAAAGAUACAGUUAUCUGUAUCUGAUGCUUCAGAGAAAAGAAAUUCAGGAAUUCUUUCUGGCUGUGCUACUUCACUGACUGAUUCUAUCAAUACACCUCUGAUGUCAUUAACAUUAAAUGGUAGGACAACUGAAAGUGCAUAUUCCGAAGAUGCUUCAGAACAAAACAGUAACAACUUAGAAAGUACUUCUUGUUCUCAGAACUUUGUCAGAAGUUAUCAACAGAAGACUAAAAGAAUCUUGGCACCUAGUUUUGGAAAGCAGAAUGGCAAUAAUGAGAAAAAAGAAACUGUGCAUAGUACCAAUGAAAGGUUUCUCAAGGAUUUUAGUGACAUAGAAAAGCUUAAAAGUGGUGGAUAUGGCCAAGUUUUUAAAGCAAGACAUAGAAUAGACAAGAAGUUUUAUGCCAUCAAACGUGUGAAGUUCAAUGAUAGCAAAGUAUUGCGUGAAGUGGAAGCAUUGGCCAACCUUGAUCAUGAAAAUAUUGUUAAAUAUAAUACUUGUUGGGAUGGUUAUGAUGCUUAUAAUCCUGAAAGGAGUGGACAUUUUUCAAGCUCAAAGACUAAGUGCCUCUUUAUUUCAAUGGAACUCUGUGAAAAGGGGACAUUAGAUGACUGGAUUAAUCAGAGAAGAAUCAUUGGAACUGAUAAGACUUUGUCUUUGAAUUUAUUUCAACAAAUAACAGCAGGAGUGGGAUAUAUACAUUCAGAAAAAUUAAUUCACAGAGAUCUUAAACCAUCUAAUAUAUUUUUAGUAGAUGAAAUCAAAAUAAAGAUUGGUGACUUUGGACUUGUAACCUCAUCAAAAAGUAAAGAGGAUCAAACAAAAAAUAUAGGAACAGAGCGGUAUAUUAGCCCAGAACAAAUCUGUUGCCUACCAUAUGGGAAUGAAGUAGAUAUCUUUGCAUUGGGAUUAAUUCUUUUUGAACUUCUUUACAUAUGUCCCACUGUUCAGGAAAUAUGGAAGAUCUGGAAAAAUGUGAGGGAUUGUGUCUUUCCAGAAGAAUUUAUCAAGAAUUACAUUAGAGAGACAUGGCUUUUAAAACAACUCCUUGCAGAAAAACCUACAGAUAGACUCAAAGCAUCUAAAAUCCUGAAGACACUGAAAGAAUGGGAGAAAGAUGACAUAAAGAAAAUGUAUUCAUAUUCAUAUUAG